AUGGGGAGUUACAGGACCUUCUCAUCAGAAGAGGCAGAAGUUGUAGCUCUUCUGAGAGCUACUCAAUGGGUUGUUAUAAACAACAUACACUAUUUGGUGAUUGAAGGAGACAACCAGGUGUUGAAUCAGAACCCUAGAUCUGGUUCUGAGUUUCCCAAAUUUGGCUCGAUUGUUUGGUCUGAGUUUUUCUCCGGUGAGAAAUUUCAAUCUCAGAAGGAGAAGCGGAUGUUCAAGCAACCUUCGAUUAUCAAUGGAAGGAAAGCUGUUUCUUCUUCUUAUGCUGAUUAUGCAGAGGAUAUAAAGCAAUGUGAAGAUCUUGUGAUUGGAGUUUUUGUUGGUCAGAGACCUGCGUUUAUGCUGGUUAAGAACGUUGUCUCUCGUUUAUGGAAAUUGAAGAAUGAUUUCAGUAUGACUAUUCAUGGUGAGUCUUCCUUUGUGUUUAAUUUUGAAUCUGAAGAGGAUAGAAUUGCUGUCUUAGAACAUGGGUCUAUUUAUAUUUCUAGUCAGCUUUUUAUCAUUAGACCUUGGCAUAAAGAUCUUGAGAAGGAGAUGGAAGAACUCAAAACUGUUCCAGUUUGGUUGAAUUUGAGAAAAGUUCCACUCUAUAUGUGGAAUGAAACUGGUUUGGGUAACAUUGCAAGUUGUGUAGGUACCCCUAUAAUGUUGGAUAAACAGACAUUGAACAAAACAAGAAUGAGCUAUGCUCGGGUUUGUGUUGAGGUUGAUGCAAAUUGUGAUUUUCCUAGCUCGAUUCCAGUUUAUAUGGAUGGCGAAUUAGCUCUUGAGGUUGUUGUAGAGUACCCAUGGAAGCCUCCCAUGUGUGCUCUUUGUAAGACUUUUAAUCAUUCUGCUCUUAAGUGUAAGACAACAGCUGCUAAAGCUCAAUUGGAAAAGGUUGCUCAAGCUGCCAAAACCAAACUUGAUAAAGGAGAAUGGGUUGUCAAGGGUUCUAAGAGAAACAGGGACUCUAUUGAGAAGAAACAAGUUGAUGAGGGUAGUGGUGUACUUCCUGAAGACUGUGGUCCUAGUUCUAUGGAUGGAGUUGAACAAACUGUAAUUCAAGUAGAGACUAGAACUGAGAAUUUACUUGAGAAACAGGGUUUACAUGAGAAACCUCCUGUUGGUAAAGUUAUCCAGACUGUUAACAUGUUUGAAGUGUUGGGGGAACAAGACUUAAAUAUUAUGCAGAAUUCUUCACAGCCAAGCAAGGGUACUCAUAAUGUUGUUUCAGGAAUUCCUAAUGAUGAUAGUGGAGGGGUCAGAGCUCAUUUUCAAAAAACUGGUGGGAAUGACCUUCUUAAGGGGUCGAAUGACCCUCUAAAGCAAGUAGAAGUUAGUUCUCUUAUUAGAAGUAGUGAGUUUUCAAUAAUUGGCUUGGUUGAAACCCAUGUCCAAAGUAUAAAUGCUAGUAGAAUUAGAAAUAAAAUUAUGCCUAAAUGGCAUUUUAUUGAUAACUAUAAUAAUGAUGAUUCUGGUAGAAUCUGGAUUGGUUGGAACCUUGAUUCUGUUAAGGUUUCUCUAAUUCAUUCUUCUUCUCAAGUUAUUUUUGUUGAGGUGGAUACUGUUGAAAACAUUAGCUUUGUGGCUGCUUUUGUAUAUGAAAAUAAUGAUGGGCCUUCAGAUAAAGUUGGUGGAGCUGAAGUUAGACCUUCUCAUUAUCAAGAUUUUAGUGUUUGUGUACAAGAUGCUCAGCUUAUGGAUCUACCUUUUUCUGGAUGUUUCUAUACUUGGUUUAACAAACAAGGAGCAACUAGAAUUGGUUCUAAGCUGGACAGAAUUUUAGUUAAUAUUGAAUGGUUGGAUCAGUUUGUUAAUUCCAAAGCUGAAUUUCUCAACCCAGGUCUCUCAGGUCAUUCUCCUGGUGUGGCAACUAUUUUUGAUAAAAGGAAGCAUGGUCCACUUCCAUUUAGAUUUUUUAAUUUUUUAGCUGAGGAAGCUGAUUUUCUUGAUUUGGUGAGAAGUGUUUGGACUGAGAAAAUAAGAGGAAAUCCUAUGUUUGUCUUUACUACUAAACUGAAUAAGGUUAAAGCAGCUAUUAUUGCUUGGAAAAAGAUCAGGUUCAAGAAUUUAUCUGAGCAAGUUUUUGAGGCUAAGAAGGAGUUGGAGGAGGUUCAGAAACAAAUUCAAGUUAACCCUUUAUGUCCUCAUUUGGCUCAAAAGGAAAAAGUGGUUGUUAGACACUAUUCUAAAGUUGCCAGGUAUGAAGAAUCUGAGAAGCAUCAAAAAUCCAGAGUGCAGUGGCUUAAGUUGGGGGAUUCUAAUACUUCUUUCUUCCAUUAUUCUAUUAAAGAGAGAAGGUCUAGGAAUAAUAUCUCGACUCUUAAAUCUCAAAAUAAUAUUUUGUUGGAGGAUGAUAAAGAGAUUGCUGAGGAAUGUAUUGAUUUUUUCUCCAAGUUGUAUGAUGAGGAAGGCAGAAAAGUGACUGAUGGGAGUGGGAUUGAGUCUCUUAAAUUUGAUAAAAUUGUUGAUGAAGCUUCUUGUGUGGAAUUGACUAGGCCCUUUUCUAGAGACGAAAUUAUAGAAGCUCUUUCUUCUAUAGGUUCAGGGAAAGCUCCUGGACCUGAUGGAUUUACAAGUCUUUUCUUUAAAGUCUGUUGGGUUGUGAUAGGGGAUGACUUUGUUGUUGCAGUGCAAUUUUUUUUUUAA